AUGAAGAGUGACUGGUCCAUGGAUCAACCUGUGAACUUCAAACGAGAACAGAGAGGGAUACAUCAACAGGGACCAGACUCUGCCAGACCUGAACCUGGACCCAGCUGUGUGUCCAUGAAGAGUGACCAGUCUAUAGGUCGUUAUAUUCACUUCAAGGAUGGACAAAAACAUGGUGAACUGAUAGUUGAUCAGCAGAGGACAGAGGUUCUCAGUGGUCAGUCUGUCCAGCAGCAUGGAGCAGACCUGGACUCCAUAUUUAAGCUGCUGGAGGAGAACAUCAUCUGCUUUGUGAAGAACGAGCUGAAGAAGAUCCACAAGGUUCUGGAUACAGAUCACACAGAAGUCUCAGAGAGUCAGAGGGAGGAUGAGGAGCAGAGGAGCAGCAGAGAGGCCUUUCUGAAGAUCACAGAGGACUUCUUAAGGAGGAUGAAGCAGGAGAAGCUAGCUGACAGUAAGAGGACUUUUAAUGUGAAAGGAAGAACAUCUUAUUUUCUCAAUGAUCCACUCACUGAUUUAUUUUCUUGUGUUCUGUCAGAAAUCAGAGCUUCAGCUUGUCGACGUGAACUCAAAUCAAACCUGAAGAAGAAGUUCCAGUGUUUGUUUGAGGGCGUGGCUAAAGCAGGAAACCCCACCCUUCUGAAUGAGAUCUUCACGGAGCUCUACAUCACAGAGGGAGGGACUGGCGAGGUCAAUGAAGAACAUGAGGUCAGACAGAUUGAAAGAGCUUCCUGGAAACCAGACAGACCAGAAACAUCCAUCAGACAAGAAGACAUCUUUAAAGCCUCAGCUGGAAGAGACGGACCAAUCAGAAGAGUGAUGACAAAGGGCGUGGCUGGCAUUGGGAAAACAGUGUUAACACAGAAGUUCACUCUGGACUGGGCUGAAGACAAAAGCAACCAGGACGUACAGUUCAUGUUUCCCUUCACCUUCAGAGAGCUGAAUGUGCUGAAAGAGAAGAAGUUCAGUUUGGUGGAACUCAUCCAUCACUUCUUCACUGAAACCAAAGAAGCAGGAAUCUGCAGGUUUGAAGACUUUAAGGUGGUCUUCAUCUUUGAUGGUCUGGACGAGUGUCGACUUCCUCUGGACUUCCACAACACUGAGAUCCUGACUGACGUCACAGCGUCCACCUCAGUGGACGUGCUGCUGACAAACCUCAUCAGGGGGAAACUGCUUCCCUCUGCUCGCCUCUGGAUAACCACACGACCUGCAGCAGCCAAUCAGAUCCCUCCUGACUGUGUGGACAUGGUGACAGAGGUCAGAGGGUUCACGGACCCACAGAAGGAGGACUACUUCAGGAAGAGGUUCAGAGAUGAGGAGCAGGCCAGGAGGAUCAUCUCCCACAUCCAGACAUCACAAAGCCUCCACAUCAUGUGCCACAUCCCAGUCUUCUGCUGGAUCACUGUAACAGUUCUGGAGAACAUGUUGAAAACCAGAGAUGGAGGAGAACUGCCCAAGACCCUGACUGAGAUGUACAUCCACUUCCUGGUGGUUCAGUCCAAAGUGAAGAGGGUCAAAUAUGAUGGAGGAGCUGAGACAGAUCCACACUGGAGUCCAGAGAACAGGAAAAUGAUUGAGUCUCUGGGGAAACUGGCUUUUGAGCAGCUGCAGAAGGGAAACCUGAUCUUCUAUGAAUCAGACCUGACAGAGUGUGGCAUCGAUAUCACAGCAGCUUCAGUUUACUCAGGAGUCUUCACUCAGAUCUUUACAGAGGAGAGAGGCCUGUACCAGGACAAGGUCUUCUGCUUUGUCCAUCUGAGUGUUCAGGAGUUUCUGGCUGCUCUUCAUGUUCAUCUGACCUUCAUCACCUCUGGAACAAAUCUGUUGUCAGAAGGACCAACAACGAGCCAGUGGCCCAGACUGUUUAGAAAAAAACCUGAACUGAAUCAUCUGCACCAGAGUGCUGUGGACGAGGCCUUACUGAGUCCAAAUGGACACCUGGACCUGUUCCUCCGCUUCCUCCUGGGUCUUUCACUGGAGACCAAUCAGAAGCUCUUAAGAGGUCUACUGACACUAACAGGAAGUGGUUCACAGACCAAUCAGAAAACAGUUGAGUACAUCAAGAAGAAGAUUGGUGAGAAUCUGUCGGCAGAGAGAAGCAUCAACCUGUUCCACUGUCUGAAUGAACUGAACCAUCUUUCUCUUGUGGAGAAGAUCCAAGAGUCCAUCACAUCAGGACGCCUGUCCACAAAGACACUGUCUCCUGCUCAGUGGUCAGCUCUGGUCUUCAUCUUACUGUCAUCAGGAAAAGAUCUGGAAGAGUUUGACCUGAAGAAAUACUCUGCUUCAGAGGAGGCUCUUCUGAGGCUGCUGCCGGUGGUCAAAGCCUCCAACAAAGCUCUACUGAGUGGCUGUAACCUCUCAGAGAGAAGCUGUGAAGCUCUGUCCUCAGUCCUCAGCUCUGUGUCCUCUAGUGUGAGACACGUGGACCUGAGUAACAAUGACCUGCAGGAUCCAGGAGUGAAGUUGCUGUGUGAUGGACUGAAGAGUCCUCACUGUUCUCUGGAGACUCUCAGUCUGUCAGGUUGUCUGGUCUCAGAGGAAGGAUGUUCUUCUCUGACCUCAGCUCUGAACUCAAACCCCUCCCAUCUGAGAGAACUGGACCUGAUUAACAAUGACCUGCAGGAUCCAGGAGUGAAGUUGCUGUGUGAUGGACUGAAGAGUUCUCACUGUUCUCUGGAGACUCUCAGAAUGAGUGGCUGUAACCUCUCAGAGAGAAGCUGUGAAGCUCUGUCCUCAGUCCUCAGCUCUGUGUCCUCUAGUCUGAGACACGUGGACCUGAGUAACAACGACCUGCAGGAUCCAGGAGUGAAGCUGCUGUGUGAUGGACUGAAGAGUCCUCACUGUUCUCUGGAGACUCUCAGUCUGUCAGGUUGUCUGGUCUCAGAGGAAGGAUGUUCUUCUCUGACCUCAGCUCUGAACUUCAACCCCUCCCAUCUGAGAGAACUGGACCUGAGUAACAACGACCUGCAGGAUCAAGGAGUGAAGCUGCUGUGUGAUGGACUGAAGAGUCCUCACUGUUCUCUGGAGACUCUCAGAAUGAGUGGCUGUAAACUCUCAGAGAGAAGCUGUGAAGCUCUGUCCUCAGUCCUCAGCUCUGUGUCCUCUCGUCUGAGACACGUGGACCUGAGUAACAACGACCUGCAGGAUCCAGGAGUGAAGCUGCUGUGUGAUGGACUGAAGAGUCCUCACUGUUCUCUGGAGACUCUCAGAAUGAGUGGCUGUAAACUCUCAGAGAGAAGCUGUGAAGCUCUGUCCUCAGUCCUCAGCUCUGUGUCCUCUUGUCUGAGACACGUGGACCUGAGUAACAACGACCUGCAGGAUUCAGGAGUGAAGCUGCUGUGUGAUGGACUGAAGAGUCCUCACUGUUCUCUGGAGACUCUCAGUCUGUCAGGUUGUCUGGUCUCAGAGGAAGGAUGUUCUUCUCUGACCUCAGCUCUGAACUCCAACCCCUCCCAUCUGAGAGAACUGGACCUGAGCUACAAUCAUCCAGGAGACUCAGGAGAGAAGCUGCUGUCUGCUGGACUGAAGAGUCCUCACUGGAGACUGGACACUCUCAGGAUGGACCAUGCUGGAGAGCAGUGGUUAAAACCUGGUCUCAGGAAGUAUUCAUGUGAACUGGAACUGGACACAAACACAAUGCACAGAAACCUCAAACUGUCUGACGACAACAGGAAAGUGACCCGUGUGACAGAAGAUCAGUCGUAUCCUGAUCAUCCAGACAGAUUUGAGUUCUUCCAUCAGCUGCUGUGUAGACCUGGUCUGACUGGUCGCUGUUACUGGGAGGUUGAGUGGAGAGGAGAUGUUGAUAUAUCACUGAGUUACAGAGGAAUCAAGAGGAAAGGCGACAGUUCUGACUGUGUGUUUGGAUAUAAUGAUCAGUCCUGGAGUCUGAGCUGCUCUGAUGAUCAUGGUAACUCUGUCUUUCACUGUGGGAAACAAACACCCAUCAUGUCCUCUGUCUCUCACAGAGUAUCAGUGUAUGUGGACUGUCCUGCUGGGACUCUGUCCUUCUACAGUGUCUCACUGAUCCACCUCCACACCUUCAGGACCACAUUCACUGAACCGGUUUAUCCUGGGUUCUGGGUCUGUCAUGGUUCUUCAGUGUCUCUGUGUCCUCUGUAGGACAUGAAGAGACAGCAGCUUCAGUGGUGGACGAGGUCAAAGCCCGUCUCAGUCGUUCUUUGUUGAAACCAUCAAUAAAUAAAGACUUCAAAAA